UCCAGCCCCUGGCCUCCCCCUGCAUUCUAGCGCCCAGAGCCGCCGCCGCUGAGCUGCUCCUUCUCAGCCUCCAGCCCACCCAGCAGCUCCCCUCACCUGGCCAUGACCCCAGCGCCCCCAGGGACCCUGGCCCAGCCCUGAGCCCUGGGACCUCCAGCCCCCUCCUCUGGGCCAUGGCCAACUCGGGCCUCCAGCUCCUGGGCUACUUCCUGGCCCUGGGCGGCUGGGUGGGCAUCAUCGCCAGCACAGCCCUCCCGCAGUGGAAGCAGUCCUCCUACGCAGGCGAUGCCAUCAUCACGGCCGUGGGGCUCUACGAGGGGCUCUGGAUGUCCUGCGCCUCCCAGAGCACCGGGCAGGUGCAGUGCAAGCUCUAUGACUCCCUGCUCGCCCUGGAAGGUCACAUCCAGUCAGCGCGAGCCCUGAUGGUGGUGGCUGUGCUCCUGGGCUUUGUGGCCAUGGUCCUCAGUGUGGUCGGCAUGAAGUGCACUCGGGUUGGAGACAGCAACCCCACCGCCAAGGGCCGCAUCGCCAUCUCUGGGGGUGUCCUCUUCCUGCUGGCAGGGCUCUGCACUCUGACAGCCGUCUCGUGGUAUGCCACCCUGGUGACGCAGGAGUUCUUCAACCCCAGCACGCCUGUCAACGCAAGGUACGAGUUUGGCUCGGCCCUGUUCGUGGGCUGGGCGUCGGCCGGCCUGGCCAUGCUGGGGGGCUCCUUCCUCUGCUGCACGUGCCCCGAGCCUGAGCGCGCCGCCAGCAGCCCGCAGCCUUACCGGCCGGGCCCAUCGGCCGCUGCCCGAGAACCAGUUGUUAAAUUGUCCGCCUCCGCCAAGGGCCCCCUGGGUGUGUAAUGUCCAGGCCCCCACCCUGACUCUGUCCCCGCCACACCUAGCCUGCGUGUUUGGUAUUUUUUGGAAAGAGAAGCGAACAUCCAGCCCCAAGUGUGGUGUCACUUGAUCUGUCCCUGGCAUGGCUACAGUGGGUCCUGGCUCGGGGAGGUCGGAGCUGAUCCCUGGGCUCUUUGGGGGUAAAGGUGGGGAGACAGGCCUCCGGGGUGACUUACUUACCCGGCACAGGCAGGGGCCAGGAGCGUCCCUAGCCUGGCUCUUACCCCAGAGCUGGGGCGCAGGGACGCUGGGAGCUCACUGCGUGAGAAGGGACCAGGAGAGGGCCCGAGGGCCUUCUGUCCCCAGCAAGGCUGCAAGCCCCCUGGUGCUCCCCUUCUUCCCCUUCCUGCUCUCCAGCUGCCGAGGUCCCAUGACAUCCCUGUCCUGGAUCCAGAGUAGGGGGGUGGCCUCAGGGCCCUGUCCACAUGCCAAAGUGUGCGGUCCGAGCUGGAGGGGCUUUUGGUCUUGGAGUUCAGGUAGCACCUUAGAGAAGGGGGAGACGUCCUCAGAGAGACGACGGUCAGCUCCGCCCCUCGCCUCCGGCCUCGCCCUCCCAAGCAUCCUCCCAGGCCCCUGAGUACCCUCUGGUCUCCCAUCCGACUGUCACCUGGCUGCCUCCAACACCUGCCUCUCACCAAGUCACUGGACCCCGAGGAGGCAGCCCGGCCUCCCACCCCCCCCGCCCCAAGGGAGGUGAAGUCAGAGGAGAUGACACACAGACUCCCUCGGGGGCCCGGGGUUGGGAGGGGCAGCCGUGGGACUGUGGGCGCAGGGCCCCGGCCUGGCAGCUGGGGCGCCUCGGGGGUGGCUGUUCCCCGCGGCCUGGCCAGCCUCUGGCCACAAGGGUGGGCACCGACCCCCACGGGUCCCCCAGGCCCGCCCGUCGAGUCCCGAGUGUGAGAGCCGCAGGAGGCUGUCCCCGGGGCCGGAGCCGGGGCGCAGCGGGCCUCGCCGCUGGACGAGCUCUCGAGUCACCCGGAGCCGGUGGCCAGGAGCUGCCCCGGACAUCCCGACGGAAGCGGCCGCGGGGGCCCGGCAUCGAGGGGGGCACCCCGGAGGCCUGCAGCUCAGGGCUGUGCGGCCACAGUUCUUGCCCCCCUGGGGGUCGCGGAGGGACAGGGGCAGCUCCGGGGAAGGGCGAGCCGGGGAAAGAUGAGGGCAAGGUCUGUCUCCCUGAGACCAGGCUUCCCUGUAAGAGCCCCCCCCAUUAUCCACCUUUUUGCUG